AUGGAUCUCUGCGUGACCAUCAAAGGCGUCUCCUUCCUACUACAGACCGGCCUGGGCGUCCUUGGCAACACGCUCGUGCUCCUGGCCUACGUCCACAUCGCCCACGGCGCCGACCACAAGCUCCUCCCCACCGACCUGAUCCUGUGCCACCUGGCCUUCUCCAACCUCGUGCUGCUGCUGACGCGCUGCGUGCCCCAGACCAUGACCGUGUUUGGCCUCCACGACCUGCUGGACGACGCAGGCUGCAAGGUGGUCAUCUACCUGUACCGCAUCACCCGGGCGCUGUCCGUCUGCCUCACCUGCAUGCUGAGCGUCUUCCAGGCGGCCACCCUGGCCCCCGACGCGCCGCGCCUCAAGGCCGCGCUGCCCGCCCUGGUGCUGCCCUCCUUCGCGGGGCUGUGGCUCCUCAACAUGGCCGUCUGCAUCGCCGCGCCCUUCUUCUCCAUCGCCCCGCGCAACGGCACCGUGCCGGCGUUCACCCUCAACCUGGGCUUCUGCCACGUGGACUUCCGGGACUACCUGUCGUACGUGAUCAACGGCGUGGCCGUGUCGGUGCGGGACUUUGCCUUCGUGCUGCUGAUGCUGCUGUCCAGCGGCUACAUCCUGCUGAUCCUCCACCGCCACAGCUGCCAGGUGCGCUCCAUGCGGCGGGGGGCGGCGCAGGGGGUGGAGAUGCGGGCGGCCAAGACGGUGGUCACCCUGGUGGUGCUCUACGCCGUGUUCUUCGGCAUCGACAACGUGAUCUGGAUCUACAUGCUGACGGUGGCCAAGGUGUCGCCGGUGGUGGCCGACAUGAGGGUGUUCUUCUCCUCGAGCUACGCCUUCCUCAGCCCCUAUUUUAUCAUCUCGUCCAACAAGAGGAUCAAGGGGAAGCUGGUGUGUGCGGUGGAACAGCAGCAGUCUCCGGUGGAGACUCAGACGUCCAAUGAGAAAUGACUUUUACGAAAAGUUCCCUUAAUGAGAU